GUUCAUCGCUACCGUCCUCUUACUGUCAAUCAUUUUCGAAUUCUCCAUUCAGUGCUCACUCAAUGAAAGCUGUCUAUUUUGCUGCAUGCGUUGCCGCCCUGGUCAACGGCCAAGCCACGAAGACGACCCUCACGCCUACGUCCACCCCACCGAUAAUCAAGGCUCUCUGCACGUCGGUCGAGAUCAGCGAAAUCAACGCCUUGGAAAGCACCCCCAGCUACAACACGUGUCGCUCAGAUGCCCAAAAGCAAAUCUUUGACGGACAACCCAAUGACAUUUGUGCUGUGCCGUCGUGCGUGACUGCUGUCAAGAACUUGGUAGGCAAGUACCCUCGUUGCGUAUUUGACACCCGUGUCCCUGCCAACGACGUGCUACCGUACGCCAAGCAAUGCAACGUUGACCCAUUGGUUACAACCCCUCCCGAGACCACGACGCCCAAGCCCCAGUUCACAGUUGCCCCUACUCCUAACACGACGACUGUUGAAGACGAAGUGACCACGACCGCUACUCCCUCCAAGACUACCUCCAAGGUCGCGACCACUACGGCCACUCCUGUGGUGACGUCGGCCGCGUCGACGUUGUCGGUUGCUCUGACUGCAUCGGUUGCACUUGUCUACUCGAUGUUUUAAACCACUUCGUUGCAUUUUGAGCGCUCUUCGUAUUUAUCUUUUGUGAAAUGUGACGCGCAUGUUUGUCGUGCAAAUCAUCGACCACAUACAACUAAUAUAUAUACGAUCACAAUAGAUGACACUGGUAGUUUCAAAAUGC